AUGUCGUCGUCUGAGGGAAAACAGCCAGCGACACUGGUGGCUACAGCUACAGCUACGGCUACUCAAGGGCGCAAAGCACCCGAAUCUGUGUCCAUAACGCCAAACUCGAUUACUCCCUCGAUUUCGAAAACGGAGGACGAUUAUGAUGGCAAGAAGCAGCCGGUGGUGAACGAAAAGGAAAAGAAGAAACAGGCAUUUAUCACCAGAACCAUCUGGACAUUUGUCAUGAUUGGAGGGCUCUUUGCUGUGCUUGCAUCGGGCCACUUGCCCAUCAUCAUCAUGAUUUUGAUGUUUGAAUUUUUGACGUUCAAGGAAAUCAUUGCCUUGGUGUCGGAGCCAGCAAGAGACAAAAAGAUCCCCUACAACCGAUUGUUGAACUGGUACUUCCUCGUGGCUACAUGGUACUACUUGGAUUUCCCCAAAUUGGUGGAUUUUUUCCAAGACAACGUUUACUCUUACAAGUGGCUAACUUUGGUCGUGGUCAAUCAUAAAUUCAUCAGUUAUACCUUGUACAUUGCCGGAUUCAUCUUUUUCGUUUGGACUUUGAAAAAGGGUUACUACAAGUUCCAGUUUGCUCAGUUGUGUGUGACUCAUAUGACCUUGUUGUUGGUUGUGUUUCAAGCGCACUUGAUCAUCAACAACAUCUUGAAUGGCAUAUUUUGGUUCUUUUUGCCCAGUGUCUUGGUUAUCGUCAACGACAUCUUUGCUUAUAUCUGCGGUAUAACGUUUGGAAGAACCCAAUUGAUUGAAAUUUCACCGAAAAAGACCGUAGAAGGGUUCUUGGGGGCCUGGAUAUGCACGGGGGUUGCCGCGGUGAUUGGCUCUUAUUUGUUCUCCAAAUCGGACUAUUUGACAUGUCCUGCCCAAAACUUGUCGACCCAUUUGUACAACUUCCCUCACUGUGAGCCCAACCCCGUUUUCAUCCCGCAAAUUUACCAAUUGCCCGCCAAUGUCAUUGAAUUUUUGGGCGACAAGAUUGAAGUCAUCGCUUUUAAACCAAUAUAUUUCCACGCCGCCAUUUUGGCCACUUUUGCCUCGUUGAUUGCUCCAUUUGGAGGCUUUUUCGCAAGUGGAUUGAAAAGAGCAUUUGGCAUCAAAGACUUUGGUGACACCAUCCCCGGCCAUGGAGGCAUCACCGAUCGAUUUGAUUGCCAGUUUCUUAUGGGCUCAUUUACCUAUUUAUACUAUCAGACUUUUAUCAGUAAUCACAACAUCAACUUGGGCAAGAUCUUGCAAAUGGCAAUAAUAAACUUGAGUUUGCCACAAUUGGUGCAAUUGGUAAAGAGCAUAUUGAGAUAUUUAAACAGAGAAAGAGUUAUCGAUGAUGACAAGUUGAAGGUAAUAUUUGAUCUAUUGGAAAGUUAG